AUGGUUUAUAAAAAUUUUGAUCAUGAAAUAGGUAAAAGGAAGAUAUUCCUGGAUAAUAGGAACUGCGAGGAUAAUUCAAUAAAUGAAGGACUAAAAAUUAAAAUGGAAGACUGGAGAUAUGAAAAUAAAUAUAAUAAUUUACAUAAUGAUAAGUAUAAGCACUAUGGAGAUAUUUUAAAUAAAUAUGAUUACCAAUUAGAUAAUAUUAAAAAGAAGAAUGAAAGAGAAUAUGGAAAUUAUAAAAUGAAUGACUAUGAUAGGAAAAGUACAAACGUAUAUGGAGAAACAAAAGAUUAUGAAGAUAAUAUGGAAAAUUAUAGAGAAAGACGUGAAACCAAAAUAAAUGAAACAUAUAUGAAUCCAACAGAUGAAUAUAUUGAAAGUUUAAAAAGAAGGAUAUCUCAAAGAGAUAUUAAUGAAUUAUUAAAUAAAUAUAAUAAGAAAGAUGAAUAUUAUCAUGAAAAUAAUUAUAUUAAAAAUGAUAAGCGACAUACUUAUCAUAAUUUAAAUAGGAAGUACGAUUCCUUAAAUGAGACGAAUAAUCUUAUGUUCCAUUCUGAAAAUAAAAGUAGAAAUAAUUAUUCACAUGAUGAUUUAUCACGUGAAAAAAUAAGGUAUCACUCAAAAAAUAAUCGUUAUUAUAAUUUAGAUAAAAGUCAAAAUAGUGUUAAUAGGAAUUAUAAUAGUAAUAACGAUAUUAACAAUUUAAAAAUUUUUAACCGUGAAGAAACAGAUAAGGGGAGAUAUAAUAGAAUAAAUGAAAAUGUGGAAUAUUGUAAAAAAAAUUUUAAUAAUAUAAAUUUACAUCAUGAUGAAUCUUCUACAUUUGAUAGCGAUGAAUAUGAAAAAUAUAAUAUUAGGAAUCAUGAAAGGAAAUUAUCACCAAAAAAAAAUCAUUAUAUUAAUUAUCAUAAUAAUGAUAAUAAUAUAUUUGAGUCUUCCUUUUCCCCCCUAAAAAAAAAAUAUCCCAGUUUGAAUAAAUCACUGGGAUAUAAAAACACUUUCAAUGAUCAUUUGAAUACACCAUGUUAUAAUAAAGAGUAUGAAAAUAAUAGAAGAAAAACUGAAUUUAAAGAUUAUGAACAUAAUGAUACUUAUGAGAGGGAUAAAAAGAAAUCUUUAUAUGACACUUUUUUAAAUAUUACAGAAAAGUUAGGGAGUAUUCAAAAAGGGAAAGAGGAAAAUGCUAGUUUACCAAAAAAUGAGGAUAAUGAAAUUUUUGAGGAAGAUGAAAAAAACAAAUAUUAUAGUAAUGAAAACAAUAAUACAAUUAAAAAGAAAUCUAACAUAUUAAACCAUAAAAAUUAUAAUAAGAAUGAUAUAUUACAUGAUGUGUCAAAUUAUGGUAAUAUACGAAAUAGUUAUAUAUAUAAUAAUAGGGGUAGCUUCAAAAAUGAAGAGACUAAAAAACAAAAUGAUAAUAAUUAUCAAGAGGAAGCAACUUUUGAUUUUUUUACAAAAAAAUAUCCUUCGAUGACAAAUAAAAAUAAUAUAAAAAGAAAUGAUAUUAAUGUGGAAAAUAUAUAUAAAGGUGUAAAUUGUUUUGAUGAUAUUUUAAAAUAUAAUUCUGAGGAUUCCAUAACAUGUGAAGAGGAUAAAAAUAUAUUGAAAGGUUUAAAUAAUAACAUAAAUAAUAAUAUAAAUAAUAAUAUAAAUAAAAAUAUAAAUAAAAAUAUAAAUAAGAAAGGUGAGAAUGAAAAUUAUCAAGAACCAAUUAAAGAAAAUUUUCCAAUGGAUGAAGAAUUCAAUAAUAUUAAAAAACUAAAUGUAAAUAUAGAUGAUACAAGUUUAUCAUCUAAUAAUUUAAAAAGUACACAAUUACAUAUGAGUGCAAUAUCACAUGGAUCAAAUGAUUAUUCUACUUUAUAUGAUUAUACAAAUUAUUCAAAACCUCCAACAAAAGAAUCUUAUAGUGAUGAAAAUUUAUAUAAUAUAUCGAAAUAUGAACAAUAUAUAUUAGAUAAAAAAUUGAACAAAAAAUCAAUUGAAGAAAAAAAGAAAAAGCAAUAUGAGUAUAACUUUUUUCAAAGUAUGCCUACAAGAAAUUACAGAAAUGAAAUGCCAUAUAAUAAUAAUAAUAAUAAUAAUGAUAUGUAUGAUUAUUAUAAAAUUAAUAAAACAUAUAAUACAUAUGAUAUGGAUAAUAUGAAUGAUUAUCAUAAUUUUUAUAAAGAUAAGGAUUUAUAUAAUAAAAGCGAAUUAGUAGAUAUAUCUAAAUUGAAAUAUGAUGUAGAUAGGAAUACAUUUUUACAACAGUAUAAUGAGGUAUUACAAAGUAAUAUUUUUAAAAAUUUACAUAUGGAUGAACACAUGAACAAUGAUAAUAAUAACAAUAAUAAUAAUCAUAAUAAUAAUAAUCAUAAUGGUGAUGAUAAAAAUUUACAUAUGAUGAAUAAACUCAAGUACCUUGAACAAGAACAUUUUAUUAAUGAGAGUAACCCUAAAUAUUAUAAUUCAAAUAUAAAUAAAAGCAACCAUUACCAUUAUAAUGAUAAGAACAAUAACAAAAAAAAUAAUAUUAAUCAAUAUGAAAACCAUAAUGAUAAUAUUAAUAUGUAUAAUAAAAAAUAUAAUGAUCAUGUACCUUACGAAGAAGAUGAAAAAUAUACAAGUAAUAUUACAAAUAUGGUUGAAAAUGAUAGUGAUUAUAUUAUUAAAAAUAUAGGUAAAAAAUACAUACUGAACGAAGAUAGUGAUCAAUUAAAUAAAUUAUUAGAUUUAAGAAAAAACAACAAAAAAAAAAAAAUGAAAAUUCAAAAUAAUCAAAAAUAUUCAUAUCAAGAUCAUUUUUAUUAUGAUGACGAAAUUAGUGAUAAAUAUAUGUCUAAAACAUUAAAUGAAAACAAUAUGAAUACUAGUUAUAACAGUUUUAAUUCUACAUAUAAUAACAGGAAUAAUAUUUCGGAUAAUAUGAAUGAUAACAUUUUUAAUUAUUUAAAAAAAAAUCGUUCUUACACUAGGCCAAUGAAUAUUGAUGAUUUUAAUAUGGAUGCUGAAGACGAAACAGAAGAAGAUAAAUAUGUUGAUGACGAUGAUGAUGAUGAAAUAAAAAAAAAAUGUAAAUCCAAAAAAAAUGCAGACUUAACAUAUAAUGAAAUAUUUUUUCUAAUGUUUAUAUAUUUUAUAAAAAUUAUUUGUAUGUUUGGAAAAUAUGUAAUACAAGUUAUAUUAUUCAUUUCUUUUUUUAUAUACAUUUAUUUUAAGAAAAAGUCUUAUAAGACUAUUUGUACUACAAUAUUUGUGUCAUUUCCAUUCAUAUUGUUUUGUUUAUCAUUCAUCAUAUUAUCAUAUAGAAGUUUGAAUACAGAAUAUUUUGAUAAGGACAUAUAA